AUGCCAUCCAUCAACGAGUCUGUUAAGAAUCCCUCCGAAGCUGCCAACGAACUAGCCGAUCGUGGGUCUGUUCGAAUCGUCUAUAUCGAUCAAAGCCUCUAUCCCGGACUCGCUCCCCGUAUCAACGAAACGUAUGGAAUCGUAAGGGACUGGUCUGCUCAAACUGUCCCAGAGAUUGGAGCUCAGUUGCGCAUACGUCACGGCGAACGUGUGUUCUUGAGUGGCUGGGUGAAGAAAAAGGACAAUUCCAUCAUCUUGAAGCACCUGGAAAACAACAGACACGUCCGCGGCACCGUUACUGACCUGGAACCAUUCUGGUGGCAAAAUGUUCAGUGCUACUGGGGCAAUAUGGAUUGGUGGGUGAUCGCUGAGAAGGUGCCUGCCAAUACUACUACUGGCGGUAGUACUUCGGGCACUGGUGAAGGGCAGAUCAAUUAA